AUGGCAUCUUUACUUGCUAAGAAACUUUUUGAUGACGACUCCUUCAAUUUCCGCAGCCCACUUAAGCAAUGUGAUGAUGCAGAGGAAGACAAUAGCUUUUCCCCAAUGAUGGAUUAUUUUUCAACCAAGGGAAGCUCGUCCUUUGUGGCAGAAGACGAAGAUUCCAGAGAUAGUGGGAUAGGCCUCGACGACAGUUUUAGCAACGAUGACUGUCCGCUUUCCCUUCCUAGCAGACCUUUUGUACAGCUAAAUAAGGUGUGCGAAGGAGGGAAAAUCCACAGCCAAAACAUUCGAAAGCGAAGCCGUUCUCAAAGCGACCAGGAUGAUUCACCUGUGCAGAAGAGAAAGAGACCCGACGCCAUUCCCGAGCCAAGCAAAUGUCCACUCAGGCUGUCCAAUCUCCAUUCGGAACAUGAAAUUAAAACUGCCCUAGACAGAGUGUCGGAAAAUCCAGACCUGAUCAGUGACGGCAGCGUGGCCUACUGUCUGCCAACUAUUCCAGGCAAGCAUCAAGAUCUCAAGUCCAUCACGCCGGAAACUUUGGCGCGGCUUCAAAAGCACGAGUUUGAUGACAUAGUAGACGAAUUCCUCAUUGUGGACUGCAGAUAUCCCUAUGAGUUUCAAGGCGGCCACAUCAAAGGAGCUGUCAACUAUUACACCAAGGACAGUAUUGUGGAAAACCUUAUUUCCAAACCAGUCAUUACCAGGAGUAGUGCAACGAAAAGAAGCAUUCUAAUAUUUCACUGUGAAUUUUCAUCCCAAAGAGGUCCAAAAAUGUCUCGAUUUUUAAGGAGCCAAGACAGACAGAUGAACAAGGAUCGAUAUCCGCAGCUGUGUUAUCCUGAGAUUUACUUACUUCACGGCGGAUACAAAAACUUCUUUGAGAAAGAAAAGGAGCUCUGCACGCCACAGACCUAUCUGCCGAUGCACCAUGAAGAUUUCAAGAAGGACAUGCGAACAUUUCGUUGCCAGUCUAAGAGCUGGGCUGGGGAAAAGAAGACUCGUUCAGCGUUGAGAUUAUUCCUUUAG